CUGGUGGCAGAGCAGUUGACACUGAUGGAUGUGGAGCUCUUCAAGAAAGUGAUGCCCCAUGACUUCCUGGACUCCAUCUGGUCCCAGUGGGACAACAGGGCCAAUGAGUACCUUGCACCCACUAUCCAUGCCACCAUGACCCACUUUAGCAGAGUGGUCAAAUGUGUCAUCACCACCUGCCUCGGGGACCCGAGCAUGACGGCUCAGGACAGGGCCAGGGUGGUGGAGCUCUGCAUCCGGGUGGCCAAGGAGGAACUGCAAAAAAUUUAAAACCUUGUGCAGAAUGGACCAGCGGGAGAGGAGGAAACUGCUCACGGAGGUGAGUGGAGGCUCGAGAUCUGGAA